AUGGGUUUCACCGACUUCGUCUCCGACAGUGGCCUCACACUGCUUAACAACUGGCUCAAGACUCACUCAUACAUCACCGGCUACACCCCAUCUCAAGCCGAUGUUGUCAGCUUCAAGGCCCUUGACAAGGAGCCUGCCGUUGAGAAAUACCCCCACGCCUACCGUUGGUACAAGCACGUCAAGUCAUACGACGCCGACUUCUCCACCCUGCCCGGUGACCCAUCCAAGCCAUUCUCUACCUAUGGUCCCGAAGAAGUUGCCGUGACACACAACCCCAAGGACGCCCCUGCCGACGAGGACGAGGACGAGGUUGAUCUCUUUGGCUCGGACGAGGAGGAGGAAGACCCAGAAGUCGUUGCUGAGCGCGAGAAGCGAUUGGCUGAGUACAAGAAGAAGAAGGAGGGCAAGACGAAGCCAGCUGCCAAAACUAACGUCACAAUGGACGUCAAGCCUUGGGACGACGAGACAGACAUGCAAGAACUGAUGGACAAUGUGUUGGCCAUCGAGAUAGACGGUCUCGUGUGGGGUGCUCACAGACUCCAGGCUGUUGGUUUCGGCAUCAAGAAGCUGCAGAUCAACUUGAUCGUCGAGGACGAGAAGGUCUCUCUGGAUGACCUGCAGCAGAGAAUCGAGGAGGACGAGGACCACGUUCAGUCAACCGACAUUGUCGCCAUGCAGAAAUUGUAA